UGAGUGUGCCCGGUGUAAAACGCAGAGAGUCUGAUUAGGGUUUAGUACAGAGCCUUUACAGGAGAGUGAAGGAAGAAGAACCCAUGAGCAGGAGUUUGGGGAUACCAGUGAAGCUAUUACACGAGGCAUCAGGCCACGUGGUUACAGUGGAGCUCAAGAGCGGAGAACUCUACAGAGGAAGCAUGAUUGAGUGUGAAGAUAACUGGAAUUGUCAGCUCGAGAAUAUCACCUACACUGCCAAGGAUGGGAAGGUUUCACAGCUUGAGCAUGUUUUUAUUCGGGGCAGCAAAGUCAGGUUUAUGGUCAUACCAGACAUGUUAAAGAAUGCUCCAAUGUUCAAGCGUCUAGAUGCUAGAAUCAAGGGUAAGAGCUCAUCUAUUGGAGUUGGUAGGGGCAGGGCUGUGGCAAUGCGGGCUAAAGCUGCUGCAGCUGGCCGUGGAGCAGCACCUGGUCGGGGUGUUGUACCACCUGUUAGAAGGUAAUCUUUUGUUGGACAAAUUCAUCGCCUUCUCUCCGGAACAAGCUGUAGGUUAUCUGAGUAAUGUCAUGAGUAUAUUGAAUUCCUGUUCUCGAGGCCCUAAUUUGAUGCAAGAUGAUGCUGUUGUUCUGGCUUAAUUUUUUUUUUUUAAAAAAAGGAAGGGACCAGGAAAAAGGAUUAUUUUACCUUGUAAUCUAUUGAACAUUACUAAUUUUUUAGUUAAUGUGUUUGGAUUACGAACAGUUUCUAUUGGUAAUAUGAUCUUUUUAUUAUAAUGUU